UGGCAAUCUUCUGUUCAUGGGCGUCUUGGACUGGGUUGGCCUCGGCGCAGAGAGCGACCUCGCGUGCGCGUCCUUUGCCGGCGACAAGAGCUACGUACAGCGGCUCCUCGACCACGGCGUGAGCCCCAACAGCGUCCGCCAGGGCUGCAACGCGCUCUACCUGGCAACUUCUACGGAGAACACUGCCAUGGUGGCGUUGCUGCUCGAGGCUGGCGCCGACGCCAACGCGCGCACCUGGUUUGGCCGACCGCCGCUCGUCGCUGCCAUUCGCAAGUGCCAUGCUGCGAUCGUUGAGCUUCUUCUGGACGCUGGUGCAGCUCCCGAUGCCAGCGACAAGUCACAGGUCCCACCGCUGGUUCUGGCAACUGCCGCGGGGGAUGCCGGCAUCGUCGAGCUCCUUCUGUGCGCUGGCGCCAACGUCACCCUCACGUCGCCGAAAGGACGGUCGGCGCUGUACGUGGCGGCAGAGCGGGGACAUGGCGACGUCGUGGCGCUUCUCCUGCCUCGCGUUCAAGAGUCGAAGCAGUCUUUGACAGACUCCAUGGCUGUUGCGGCAGCCAACGGUCACGACGCCGUCCUCGAGUGCUUCCUUGCGACGCAUGCGCUUUCGACGCAGGAGGACGCCGAAGCCUUGCUGGCCGCCGCCGCCGCUGGCCACGAAACCAUCGUACGCCGCCUGAUCGCAUUCGGUGUCCCGAUCGACUCGACCGACGUGAAAGGAAAGACAGCGCUGCUACUGGCUGCCGAGUAUGGCCACCUCGCAGUUCUGAGUUUCUUAUUGGACGCCGGCGCCAGCGUCAACCAACUCGAUAAGUUUGGCGAGUCUUCGCUCUUCGUCGCUGCCCGGGGCGGCCAUAUACCGGAAGUCACACGCCUGCUAUCGGCCAAGGCAGACCUCAACAAACAAAACAAGAAUGGCGUGUCGGCGCUCGUCGUAGCCAUCGCCAAGGGCCACAGCGAGAUUGUGCGGCAGCUGCUUCUCGCCGGCGCCUCUCUAUCGCCCUCGCGCCUCUUUGAUCCGUUCACGGUGGCCCGCAACCACGGGCACGACGACAUUCUUCAAAUGCUCUCGGAAGCGACGGCCAUGGCCAACGAGCUGCCGCGUCUUCAAAUUCUCGGCCGCGGCCACCAAGGCUUUGUCUACCGCAGCACCUUUCGCAGCGAACAAGUUGCGGUCAAGUCGGUGUUUGUGCAUCAUGGCGAGUCGACCACGUCAUUGGCAACUGCCGUCGCUGCGCUGACCAAACUCGACUGCAUCAACCUCGUGCGACUGCGCUAUCUCAAGCUGCCGCCGCUGGAGCCGCCGCUGCUCGUCAUGGAGUACGUCGACGGCGGCCAUCUGCGCCACUACCUCGACACGCACAAGAGCGCGACCUUUGCCAGUCUGCUGCCGAUCGCGAUCUCGAUGGCUAAGGGGUUGCGCUACCUCCACGAACGGGAGAUUGUGCACGGCGCCUUGAAGAGCACCAACGUCUUGCUGCCGGCCAUGACGCCGAGUGUCGCCAAGCUCGCGGGCUACGGCCUCCCGCAGCAGCUCCACGUGACUAACCCGGUCGAGAACACGCUGUGCUGGACGGCGCCCGAGGUCCUCUUGGGCCACGAGGCGUCGCCGGCCGCCGACGUCUACGCCCUCGGCAUCGUCCUCGUCGAGCUCGAGACGCGCGCGGCCCCGUACGCGACGCUGACGAUGGACCUCUGGGAGGUCAUGGUCGCCAUCAAGAACGGCUGGCUGCGCCCCGAGCUGAGCCCGCGCUGCGAUCUGUGGUUCCGAGAGCUCGUCGAGACCUGCUUGCACCAAGAGCCGUCGGCGCGCCCGUCGAUCCAAGACAUUUGCGCCAUCCUCGAGGCGCAUCAUACGUAGCUACGCGACUAAGAUCUUGUCGUACCGUA